AUGAGUAAAGAAGUAGUAAAUACAAAAGUUGAAGCAUCUCGUGUUAAUGCUUUAGCAGCUGUGAGGAAUUAUAAAGUUUGUCCACGACUAGAAUAUAAAACUAUUUCAGGUGUGCAGGGGCCCCUAGUAAUUAUUGAAGAUGUAAAGUUUCCUAAAUAUUCUGAAAUUGUUACGAUACAUUUAAGUGAUAAUUCAACUAGGCAAGGGCAAAUAUUGGAAGUAUGUGGAAAGAAAGCAGUAAUUCAAGUUUUUGAAGGAACGAGUGGAAUAGAUAACAAGAAUAGUUAUGUGGAAGUGAGUGGAGAUAUAUUAAAAAUGCCAAUGAGUGAUGAGAUGUUAGGAAGAGUUUUUAAUGGGAGUGGAAAGCCAAUUGAUAAGGGUCCAAAUAUAUUAGCUGAUGAUUAUUUGGAUAUUAAUGGAAAUCCAAUAAAUCCUCAAUGUCGUGUAUAUCCAAAAGAAAUGAUACAGACAGGAAUAUCAACUAUUGAUGUUAUGAAUAGUAUAGUUCGUGGUCAGAAGAUUCCUUUAUUUAGUGCAGCAGGUCUUCCACAUAAUGAAAUUGGAGCUCAGAUAUGUAGGCAAGCUUCUUUAGUGCAAGGAAAGGAUGUGUUGGAUCAUUCUGAUGAUAAUUUUGCAGUAGUAUUUGGUGCAAUGGGUGUAAAUAUGGAAACAGCUCGAUAUUUUAGACAAGAUUUUGAAGAGAAUGGAAAGAUGGAAAGAGUUUGUUUAUUUUUAAAUUUAGCUAAUGACCCAACAAUAGAAAGAAUUUUAACACCAAGAAUAGCUUUAACGACAGCUGAAUAUUUAGCAUUUGAAAAAGAAAUGCAUGUGUUUGUUAUAUUAACAGAUAUGUCAUCUUAUGCAGAUGCUUUAAGAGAAGUAUCUUCAGCAAGAGAAGAGGUACCAGGUAGAAGAGGAUAUCCAGGAUAUAUGUAUAGUGAUUUGUCAACAAUAUAUGAAAGAGCAGGAAGAGUUGAAGGUCGUAAUGGUAGUAUAACUCAAUUUCCAAUAUUAACAAUGCCUAAUGAUGAUAUAACACAUCCAAUACCAGAUUUAACUGGAUAUAUAACAGAAGGUCAAAUAUUUGUAGAUAGAAAUUUAUAUAAUAGACAAAUAUAUCCACCAAUUAAUGUUUUACCAUCUUUAUCUCGUUUAAUGAAAAGUGGUAUAGGUCAUAAUAUGACCAGAAUUGAUCACCCAUAUGUAUCUGAUCAAUUAUAUAGUAAUUAUGCUAUUGCUCAAGAUGUAAAAGCAAUGAAAGCGGUCAUAGGUGAAGAAGCACUUUCAAAUGAUGAUAUUUUAUAUCUUGAAUUCUUAGAUAAAUUUGAAAAGAGAUUUAUUACUCAAAAUACAUAUGAAUGUAGAGAUAUCUAUCAAUCAUUGGAUAUUGCAUGGGAACUAUUAAGAAUAUUUCCUGAAGAUAUGCUUAAAAAAAUUAAAACAGACAUUUUAUCAAAAUAUUAUCCACGUCACCAUGCCAACUAA